UCUCGUCAAAAAUUCAGCAGAAAAAAAAACAAACAAAAGCGAUUCGAUACGGUUCUAACUUCUACUUUUGUGGACAGGUGUUCAACUUGACAAAACUGACCACACAAGCAUGCCUCUUCUCGGGAACAAGUUCAAUACAAAGAAGACCCCUCCUAGAAGGUCGGCCUCUCUCAAUAAUCUUAAUCGCUUGGAGAGCUCCAUCAGAGAGGAAGAGUAUGGGAUGACCUACGGACAGCCAAAGGUCAAACUCGGGGGUCAAGAACUCAAGUUUGAUGAAGACAAUGGGGUGUGGAUUGCUGAGUCUGGCAAUGCAGGAGGGGUCAGUCAGCGUGAUUUCAUCAAACUGAGAAAGCAGAACCAAUCCUUGGCUGAAGAAAACAAUCUACUCAAAUUAAAAAUUGAACUUCUACUUGACAUGCUGGCUGAAACCACAGCAGAGAAACACCUACUAGAAAAGGACAUGGGAGAGUAUGGACAUUCAUCAAGUUCAAAGAAGAAGGGAAAGGGCCAGAAGAGAUGAUGAAGAAGAAGAAACGCUUCCCAUUUUGGGAUUGUGCUGGACAAUCACAUGUGUUGCAUUCUUCGUACUAGCAAAGAAAAUCGCUUGCAGGGCGGAAGAACAGCCACAAGUUGUAGCAUUCUUCAGCCAGUGUUGUGGUGUGGAAUUUUUCUGGAAAUGAAACAGAUGCAGUUCCUGGUUAAUUGUUCUCAUAUUCUUGCUUAUUUUAUAAGCAGCUUUUGGAAUAUGUAUUGUGAGGAGUCAUUAUACCUUCAGCUCUUUAUUCAUUGCAUUGUGAACACUUCAUCUUGACCUCGGCCUGUAUUCUGAAGUCAGGUUUAAUUAAAAUUCUGGUUUAAGACCUUAUAAGGUUUUGGUUUAACUAUAGAUAGCUAAUUGUGAAAUAAAUCUUUGAUAUUACAGGAUCAAGUUAUCUGCUCCUGUGACACUCAAGUAAUGAAUAACUAUCUGUAAAUAGUAGCUUAAACAGUUUUCUUCUUCAUUAGAGCAUGAUGAAAGAGCACUUGGUUAACAUUAGAAAUCGUCGUGUCGGUGCAGGAACACCCGUAGCGCCACACUUUUGGGCAUUGCAUGCACGCAGAAAUGCCCUUAGUUGUAUAACAAAUGUACAACAAAUUUUGGACAUUUUUAGCUUCCCAUAAUUUAAGCCCAGAGUUAGACCACGGAUGAAUUAAACCGUACUUCAGAAAAUGUUCCCUAGAGUUUAUCUUUUAUACAAAAGCAUUGAUCUACAUCUGCUUGAAGAGUUGUGGGCUGGUCCCAAACAAAUUAGGGUCUCCACUGUUGAUUUAUGAGUUUCUGUUUCUCAAUUUUUUUUCUUAACCCUUAGAAUACCUACAUGUAUAUACAGGAAUUAAUGAUACAUGUAUUGUGAUCUAUCUUCAAGAUUCAAUCCAUUCUAAUGAUAACCCUGUAAAAAACACUCAACCCUUCUAGUUUUGAAUUGAAAUUUUUUUUGCCUCAUGGAGUGUCGAGAUAAACCUCAAAUAACCCCCCAAAAAAUUCAAAUUAUCACUCAGGACUUCUAUAAAAGAUUUUGCACAAUGCAGUCUAAUUUGUUUCUGUUGGUCAUUGAUAACAAGCUUAGUGGUGUUUUGUAGGAAAAUAUGUAUAUAUUUAGGGGGUUGAAUUUACAACAUAGACUUUAGUGAGCAAUGAAAAACAACAUUCCUUGAAAUAAAAAUUUUGACACUCCUAAUUACUGAAUUACUUUUCUGAUUCACAAAAAUUAAAGAUAUGAUUGAGAGAUUAUGAGACUUUUAUUGAUAUGUUUCUUUAAUUCCAAAACAUAGCAAUAGGGUAAUUCUGAUUGAUAUUUUGAUUAUGUUGGAUAAGAGUGAUUUUAUUUAUGAAAAUUGGAGCCGCAAAGUCACAUUUUUACUUUUUUUUCUGUGUCUGUGAUUGGUUAUAAAAAUGGAGUCCAUAAAAUAAUUGCACCUGAAAAUUUAGUGCUUCAAGUAAGUAAUAAAAGAGUCACAUGAAACACCAUCCUAAUUUUAUUCCAUAUACCAGAUAACAUGUAUUGCUAUUAGAGCCCCCAGCAGAGAAAUUAAAUGAUUUUUUUUUCCAGUUACAGUUAUCUUGAAAGUGAACGACCAUUAUUUUUAUUCUUCCUGACUGUUUUUUCUUAAAUCCAUUUAAACAACACACAUCAAAAUUCAUGAUUUUUAAAAACAAAUCACAAAGUGCCAAUAUUUGCACGUAUACAUGUAUGCAUUGUGGUCAAUCAAUUUCAUGAUUAUAGACCACAACGAUAUACAAGUUGUAAUUUAUUGUGGAUCUACUGAUCAUCUUGUAGAAAUCUCCCAUGCAUUUGUGACUACAUGGAAAAUAUCUGGCAGGGUUAGGUCCACCCUAACCCAGGGAACUCCCGCCCGCUGCGCGGGCGGGAGCCCAGGAGCUUACCGUGUAUUUUACCAUACUCAGGAAACUGCCACUCGUUAGACCUUCAUCCAUAUAAUCGUGGUAAGUGCAUAAUUUCUGUUUUCACAAUUCAUUUGGAGAAAUAUUUAGACCAUAAUUCACCCUAGUCCCGUGAGUAUGGUAAAAUACACGGUAAGCCCCUGGGGUCCGGCCCGCUGCGCGUGCCGGAGCUCCCUGGGUUAGGUCCACCCAAGUCCACCCCAACGAAAAGUUGAUUUUAAUAAAAAGAGAAAAAUCCAACAAGCACAACACUGAAAAUGUCAUCAAAAUUGCAUGAAAAAUAAGAAAGUUAUGACAUUUCAAAGUUUUGUUUAAUUUCACAAAACAGCUACAUGUAUAUACACAUCCUGGUCGGUAUGCAAAUGAGGAGACUAAUGACGUCAUCCACUCACUAAUUCUUUUGUAUUUUAUUAUAUGAAAUGUGAAAUAUUUCAAUUUUCUCCUAAUUAUCAAGUGAAACAAAGAUUAAUUCCUCCCUGAACACCUGGAAUUAACAUUUUUCCAAUACUAUAUGGUUCAAUCAAGUUGGCCCAUAUUGUCAAAUAAGUUAAAAAUGAAAUAUUGUAUAAUUCAAACAAUAAAAAUCAAAAGAAAUAGUGAGGGACAUCAUCGAUUGUCUCAUUUGCUUGUCACUGAGUUGUGCACAUAACUGUUUUGUGGAAAAUAAGCAAAACUUUAAAAUGUCAUAACUUUCUUAUUGUACAUCUGAUUUUGAUGAAAUUUUCAGCAUUAUGCAGGGGCUGCGGAACGGUUUUCAAAGUGGGAGGGGGGCUGACCAUGCAAAAAUCACAAUCUUAUGGUCAUUUUUACGUUUUUGUACAGUUUUUGAAAAAAGUGGGGGGCUAAAGCCCCCCCCCCCCCCUCAGCUUCCGCGGCCUGUUAUGCUAGUUUAAUUUUCUCUGUUUAUACAAAUCAAAUUUUUCUUCUGGGGUGGACUUGACCUUUAAAGAGUUUGAAGAAUGACUACUACAUCUUCUCCCUAAAAGACUGCUUGUCUUCAGAUGUCAAAUACAUGAACAUGUAUCUGGUUACUUUCUUUUUUUUAUAUCAAUAUUCUUAUUCAUUUUUGUAACCUUCAUGGGCAGGUUCAUAUGUUGUCUUCUUUGUAUAACGGUACUUAUAUUUAUAGAAUAAAGUUUUGAGUAUUGAAAAAUUUAA